CGCAGUUGAGUUAAUGUUUGUUGGUGAAUAAUCAAAUGAAAAUAUACAACAUUUAAAAAGAACAACUUUUUAACUGGACUUGGUAAAGACUGUAAAGUAAUAAUUAUUUAAAUACGAUUAACUAUGCUAUGAAUAUGGUUUUGCAAGUUUUCAUUCAGCGGAAGUUUCAAUUCGGUGUUCUGUAGUGGAGUGCACCCCACCCACCAAUUUAUACAACGGUGAGAUGCAAGCAUUAAAAGCAAGAUGAACUCGACACAGAAGUUGGAGGCAGUUGAAAAACUAAUCGGAUAUACAGGUCUUUCACACAGCAAGGCAAGGGAUUAUCUGGAAAAAGCCAACUGGAAUGUAGACACGGCUUACCGGAUGUACAAAAGUAACCAGAUGGCUCAGAGUGGCUUCCAGAAGCCGGCUCCACCGACCAGAUACUCUCAACCCCCUAUCCAGACCCGCCCAGUGCCCCACCAUGGGGUCAUGUAUGCUCGUCCGAUGACCAACUUCCAUCAGCCAGAUGUGUUUGGAUCUGUGAUGACAGGGACAGGGCCGGUUAUAGGGAGCAAUGUCCACCCAGCAUUCCAGUCCCCGAAGCCAGUCCCCAAGUUCCCAGUUGAAAAGGAGAGAAUCAUUCCGAUACAAAUAGAAACAAGACAGCCUGUUGUAAGAAGUGGAAGAAUUACUCCACCACCACAGUCAGCAGCAUCAUGGCUGAACCAACAACAAAAUAGUACCCAGUCAAUACCUAAAUCCCAGACCUACCCUGUUCCUGGUUUUGGAGACAUACAAGGGGGGCAACCUCAGCAAGUCAAGGGAGACAACUCUGUACUUGUUAAAGCAGGAUUUGCAGCACCAGAACCAUUAACAAACAGGGUAAGUAACCCUUCUCAACAGCUAAAUACCAAGGGAAGUAACCAUCAACAGAAUGCCAAGGGCAGUAACCCUCAGCAGCUGAAUACUAGGGCAAUUAACCCUCCUCAGCUGAGUACCAAGGGAAGUAACCCUCCAGAGCAACAGACAUCGAGAAGUGAAGAUGCGAAGUUGUCUCCCCCUGAUGUUGAAAAAGCUGUUAUAGGAAGUGCAUCUCCAAAAAUGUUGAAACGUGGAAUUUCAAAGAUUUCUCAGAAUGCAAUAUUAGUUGACGAAGAACGUAAAAAUGUACUUCAUGAUAUCACUGAAGAUUGCCAUGACAACAUGUAUGUGCAGACAUUUGUUUUACCAGACAUUACUGGCUACUCAGAUGAUUUCAGAGAGUUCUUGGAAAGAGAUUUAAUUGAACAGUCAACUCUAGUUUCUCUGGAACAAGCAGGACGACUGAACUGGUGGGCAGAGCUAGGUAUAUGUCAGAGACUGUUACCCAUGGCAACAACUGGGGAUGGCAACUGUUUACUGCAUGCUGCAUCAUUAGCAAUGUGGGGUAUACAUGAUAGGCAGCUAUUAUUGAGACGUGCCCUGUAUGACACGCUUACCAAGAAGUAUUACAGACAGGCUCUCUAUAGACGAUGGAGGCUGCAGCAGACCCAAGCCAACAAACAGGCUGGAUUAAUAUUUUCUGAAGAGGAAUGGAAGAGUGAAUGGGAGAAUGUGUUACGUCUUGCCUCGACCACGCCACGAGCAUUGCCAGGAAGGGGAACUAUGCAUAGAAACAGCUGCUGUGAUAGUGCUAGAACACAGGCUAAUGUCAGGUCUUUCAGUAAGGAUAACGUUAUUAAGGAAGAAGACAGUGAGUCUCCUGUUGUGUAUGAAAGCUUAGAAGAAUUCCAUGUUUUUGUCCUUGCACAUGUUAUACAACGUCCAAUUAUCGUAGUGGCAGACAAAAUUUUGCGUGACGCCAACGGUGAUGCAAUGGCUCCUAUACCUUUUGGUGGUAUAUAUUUACCUGUAGAAUGUGAGGCGUCACAUUGCUACAGAUCCCCUCUACUGCUGACAUAUGACGCUGCUCAUUUCUCUGCACUUGUGCCUAUGGAAUGCAGCAAGGAGGAUGAAAGACAUGUUCUUCCAGUUGCAAUUCCAAUAGUGAGUAGUGAACUAACAACUCUACCUCUCCAUUUCUCUAUGGAUCCUGGUAAAAACUUUAACUGGGAAAAAACAAUGUUGAAUUCUCCAUGUCGGAAGAAAGUAAAAAUUAAUCUGCUGAAACGUUACAUGGAUCUAGAGAAACUUCCAAUAUGUAGUGCUUUCUUUGACAAUAACAGUGAUGAUAGAAAUUCUACUGGAUCUUACGAGUCGGACGAUGGACUCGUGGAAAAGGGGAAAAAGAAAGACAAUAGAGUGUCACAGCAGUUACAGUCUGUGUCCAAACAGUUCGGGAGUUUUGGGAAAAGUGUUGGGAAAAAGUUGAAAAAUCUUGGGAAAGGGAAUAAAGAAGAUAAAAAGAAAAGUUCGGUUUCACAGAAUUCUAAAGUACCAUUGACUAUAUCUAGUUUAGGUGAGUUAGAACAACAGUCCAUUUGGUGUUGCAGGAUCACAAUGAACAAAAGUGAAACUCACCAGAAAAUGAUCGAUAACUAUUUAAUUGAUGCUGGUAAGAGGUACAAGUUGGAAGUAGGAUCCCCACGUAUACGACGUAAAGAAAAUGUAUUGACCUAAGGAAUGGUAAA